AUGAGCGUUGAGAAGCGUACAGACCAUGAGAGCCAGCUGAGAACAGAUGAUAGCCUUGACAGGCUUCCGGGACUUUCAUCGGAAGCCCCUCGAUCACAAUGCAAGUUCACGAAUCUGCAUAAUAAGACUGAUAGCCGUGAAUCGGCCACUCGCGCCCUGACUGACACAUACGAAGGCUUACCGUAUGGCAGUUUGCCCGACAGGGACUCCUCGCACCUGAGGACACCACCAGAGAUCUCCUAG